GCAGCGACGGGUCGUUCGGGGUUAGGACGGUGUUCGGUUCAGAGGUUGUUAUUUGGCCGAGUCAGCCUCCACCACAUUAACCUACCCCCCGCGCGACACCUGGUCGGACGCGAAGCAAACGCCCCACCCGCCCAAAUCUCCCCCGCCCGGCCCUGCUCGGCGGCCCGCCGUCCCUCCGGCAGCACCGGAAGAAACUCCGAUUGCGCCCGGCGCCCGCCAGACGCCGGCAAGCGGCAAGGGACUCUCCGCUCUGGCAUCCUCCUGAUGGAGAGUCAGUUUUGAUCCGCGAUCGGACGGCGGGUCCGGCGUGCGCGCACGCCUUCGUGUGCGUAGUGGUUCGGCCCGGUCCGGCGCGUCACGUCAAUGUGUAGGUGCGACCCUGUAGCGCGACGCGGUCUAUCUUUUGAAGCCAGAGCCUCCCCCGGCACCCGCCCUCGCCGUCGGAGCCCCCAUCGAGCCAGUCGCUCUCGAUCCCCCGGCCCUGCUGCUGCCCCUAUCUUCCUCAUCCUCCUCUGGUCUCCACUGCCCGCUUGAUACGGCUGGUGACGCGUUGUUUUCUUCGCCCUCUUCUCCCGCGGUGCGGUGUGGAAAGCGAGCGAGCGAGCGGGAGACUAGUAGGAUCUAUCGGUCGCGUUGGCCCGCCGAUACGUACGCCGCGGGUACCUUCCUUCCGUCCAUGGCGUGUUGGGCUCGGACGGUGGGUUAGCCGCCGGGCGUGUCGCGCGGGGCGUAUGGCCGCCGGUCCAGCCAUGGACGCCGGAGCGGGCGUGAGCGCCCCCACCGCCGCGGCGGACGGGGCGUACGGACUCGCCCGCAUCGUGGCCUGGUGUUCGUCCUCGCCCCUCUUCUUCUGGCUCCUCACCGUCGUGCUCGUCGCCGCCAUCCACAUCGCCUCCGGGUCCAGGCCCUCCGGCUCCAGGACCCAUGGGAAGGAGAGGGAGAAGGAGGAGGAGGAGGAGGAGGAGGAGAAGGCACGCCGCGAUAGGUUCGCGGCUGCCGAGGAGAGGGAGGUGUCGGGCAGGCGAGACGACCGGGUUCUGGAGAUGAUGCGCAGUUUCAGCUUCAUGAAGGCCACCGAGGAGGAUUUCAUGGAGGGCAUGACGGCGUACGAGUGCAACGGCCGCGGCGUCGACGCCGGCUUCGCGCACGGGCUUGUUGCGCCCGAGCCGUUUGCGCCGCCGCCGGCGUUGAUGGCGACGAGCCUCAGCUUCAAGUUUCACCACCAGAUACCUGAAAUUCCAACGGAGACGACGGUGGUUUCGAGGGAAUUCACAGCAGCAAGAGAAGAGGACGGACAAGAACGAGUGGAAGAGAAGGAACCACAAAUUCCCUUGGAAUCAUUGGUUCCGUUGCAAUCUGCAGACAAGCAAGAACACCGACGAGAAGCAGAGGAAACAGAGUUCUUGGUCGAUGAGCAGGUAGAAGAGCAGAGCAGGGAGGCAGCGCCACCGAAGAUCGUCGCGACCACGCACAACUAUCAGUUCUUGACGGAGCGCGACUUCCGGGGGUUCGUCAGGGGGCCGGAGGCCAUGACGGUGCGCGUCCAGGAGUCUUUCGUGCCGCCAUCGCCGCCUGCGGCGCACCAGCCCGAGGAGCGACGGGUGGUCGACGUAUCUUCCCGCACCGGCCGGUUCCUCACGGAGAGGGACUUCCGGCCGGCGAACGACCCCGACGUGUGCGAGAGCGUGGCGUCUUCCGGGAAGCGGACGCCGUCGCUGCAGUCGAAGCCAGCGAGCUCUCCGUCCGUCGCGUACAUGGGCGGCGCCGCCGUCGGCGGGAGGACGAGCUUCGCGUCGGAGUUCUCCGGUUUCGGCGACUCCGACUCCGAGUCCAGCGCCAGCGACGGCUACUCGGUGAAGGAUCUCGCCGUCGACUCCGACAGCGACUGGUUCCUCUCGGAGAAGGACUUCCCGGCGUCCGCGCGCGACUCCGGCAACCUCAAGAGUUACAAAGCCAAGGUGCUCAAGGCGAUCGAGGCCCUGGAGACCGCGGCGGCGGCCAAGCGCGAGCCACCUUACCAGGACUCAGCGACAACAUUGUCGCCGGGCUCGGUCCGACAGGACUCACCAGACACCAUUCCCGAUGGUUCACCGAAGUUCCCUGAGGACAUGUGGUCUCGCAGCCCUUCGCCGGAUGUCGAGUACAAAGAGGACGAGGAGAAGGUAACACGAGAAGCUGAAGCACAGUACGACGGGGACAUCGAACAGAGAAGCACGGCGGAGGAUGAGGGGGGCGUCGACAUGAGCGACGACGAGCACUCGUCGGGCGGCGAGAAGGGAGAAUCUGCGCCAGUCUAUGAUCUAGCUCCUGUUGCUGACAACUGUAUGGAUCAUUCGGAGAAGGAGAUCAUCGCUCUAAAUGAUCACUCGGGAGGUGAAGCUGCUUCUGAUGCGCAAAGAAGUCCAGAGGCAGUCUCUGCGAGACAAUUAGCAGCUGUACCAUCGGAUCAAGCUGCUGGCCCAGCCAAGAGAAGUCCGGAGCCAUCGGAGCAGGAAUUUGUUGGUAUUGUUGAUCAUUCACUUGAGCACAGUUCUGACGACCGGAAAGAAACUGCCAGCGAAAGCGAUCAGUCAUAUGAAAUAGUAUUUGAUGACAAAAGAAAACCCGAACCUCCGGAGACAGGAUUCCUGGAUACAGCAGAGGAAGAAUAUGGUGGCACAAAUGAUCGUUCAAACCAUCUCAUUUCUUAUGAGAAGAAGAAGGUGAGUUUCAGUACUACAGAUGAUCGGCCAUACGCUGCAGUUGCUGACGAGAAGAGCGUCCCAGAGACUCCAGAGCAAGGAUUCAGUCUAACUGACCAUCGAGAUGGAGUAGCUCCUGACGCCACGAACAUUUCAGAGACCAGAGAAGACGAGGAACAAGACAGUGCAGCUCGACAGGCCUACGUUUCAGUCGCCGGGAAGGCAAAGGUGUACGACGAAGAUGGGGAGGAUCCAGAAGUGAGGUGGAAGGAUCUUUCAGCCGAGGAGGAGGACGAGCUGGAGUCGCUGUGGGAGCACCAAGACCUGAUAGAGCAGCUGAAGCUCGAGCUGAAAAAGGUUCGGUCCAUCGGGCUGCCCACGAUCCUCGAGGAGUCGGAGACGCCAAAGGCUCCGAUGGAGGACCUCAAGCCAUGGCGGAUCGAUGCCAAGUUCCUGCGCGAAGACCCCAUGGACGAGCUGAACAAGUUCUACAAGAGUUACAGGGAGAGGAUGCGGAAGUUUGACAUUUUGUGCUACCAGAAGAUGUAUGCGAUAGACUUCCUACAGCUCAGAGGCCCCCAGCAAUCCAGCAACUCUCUAAAGUCCCUGUCGCCCACGGUGGCAUCCAUCCUGUCGCACAAUUUCCGGUCAUCGCGUCGCAGAUCUCCGGAGGACCCGUCGGAGCGGUUCUUGAGGGAGCUCCGCUACGAUCUGGAGACGGUGUACGUUGGGCAGACGUGCCUGUCGUGGGAGUUCCUCCGGUGGCAGUACGAGCAGGCCCGCGACCUCCCGGAGUCCGACCCUUACCACAGCCACCAGUACAACCAGGUGGCCGGCGAGUUCCAGCAGUUCCAGGUCGUGGUGCAGAGGUUCGUGGAGGACGAGUCGUUCAAGGGCCCUAGGCUGCCGAACUACAUCAACAACCGGUGCGUCCUUCGCAGCCUCCUGCAGGUGCCCGUGAUCAAAGAGGACAGCUUGAAGGACAGGAUGGAGGACCAGCGCAAGGGGAACUACGUGAUAACGAGCGAGGAGCUGGAGGACGUCAUGGAAGAGGCGAUGCACAUCCUGUGGGAGUUCAUCAAGGCCGACAGGGUCGAGACGACGACGACGGCGGCGUCCGUGCUCAAGGGCCUGUCGAGCGCUCACGUCGAGCUCCAGGACCCUUCGGACCAUGAUCUCAUGGCGCACAUCCACUCCACGCUACAGAAGAAGGAGAAGAGGCUCAAGGACCUCCUCAGGACCGGCAACUGCAUCGUGAAGAAGUUCAAGAAGCCCAAGGAGGACAGGUCGAACCAGAACCUCUUCUUCUCGCAGGUGGACAUGAAGCUGGUGGCGAGGGUGCUGAGGAUGCCGAGGAUCACCAGCGAGCAGCUUCAGUGGUGCAAGGCCAAGCUCGACAAGAUCGUCCUGGUAGAUAGGAAGAUCCACAGGGAGGCUUCAUUUUUGUUGUUCCCCUGUUGAGAGAGUACGUAUAUAUACUUAUUUUUCUUUUCGAUCGCGUUUGCUCGAUAAAAAAGGGAAUACAUUCACCCAUGUAAUCAGUCCACAGGGUGUAGGAUUUUUUUUAGUGUUUUCGUAAUUCAGUCCUUCACGCAGGUUCGUAAUUGUAAUUGUAACUUGAUAAACAGGCCACAGUUUACGGAGCUCAUGGCGCUUCCAUGAUACCAACAUUACCUAGAAAUUACAAUCACGCCCAUUUUCAAUCUUUUA